CAAUCUGUUGAGUUCCCUCGCGGCCGGAUCCAUGCUUAUCAGAUUCGUACGCAUCGGCCGAGCUAUAUCAAUGUCCUGCUGAUACAGUCUCAGGGAAGUCGUCCGCCAGCCCCAUGUACUAGAUGCCGCGCUGGUACGGGGGGCGUCUUCCCAAAAUGUCGCCAUUUACCAGGCGCAUUCGACAGAGCAUGCGCCAAUUGCAAAUGGCCUGAUGCUGGUAACAGUUGCUCCGUACGAGACUCAGCAUGGGGUGCCUUACGGGAGAGUCAGCUUCCUAUGCCUAUCAUCGGCAGGGGGUUUGCCCGCACCGCGGGCCUCUCGUACAAACCCAAUCAUCCUGGGUUGGGAAGAGGAGGAGGAGGAGGAGGAAGAGGAUGA